GGAAAACGUGACCUGCACCGCUGAAAACCCGAAUGCCAGCAUUCCAACAAUUCUAGUAUUCCCAACACUGGCAAUCUUUUCUUUUCUUAAUCCCGUGAACAGGAUAGACAAGGUAAAAGGAAUACUAGUCGCUCCUUCCUCCAAAAGAGUGUGAUGUCUUCGUACGAAAUCAAAAGCUUGGCGUUUGGUUCCUUCCCGCGAAGUUCGUACAAAGCGUUUGUUUUAAAUUUCUGGUCCUACUCCUUCGUACGAAGUUGACUCACCAACAACAACAACGACAACAACGACAACAACAACAACAACAACAGCAAUCUUUCCUCUUCUUCUUCUUCCCCUUCUUCUUCUUCUUCUUCUUCUUCUUCUUUUGUGCCAUUCUCAAAAUGGCCAACAAUGCCAACUUGUGAGUGUCUCUUUCAUUCCUUACCCUCUCAUUUUCACUUUCGAAGGUGAUCGUACGAAGUAUGUUUGAUUAAAACUAACUUCGUACAAGGGCUCUUGUCCUCUUUAACCCUGCCAACGCGGCUCCAGNUCUUCUUCUUCUUCUUCUUCUUCUUCUUUUGUGCCAUUUUCAAAAUGGCCAACAAUGCCAACUUGUGAGUGUCUCUUUCAUUUCUUACCCUCUCAUUUUCACUUUCGAAGGUGAUCGUACGAAGUAUGUUUGAUUAAAACUAACUUCGUACAAGGGCUCUUGUCCUCUUUAACCNAACUUGUGAGUGUCUCUUUCAUUCCUUACCCUCUCAUUUUCACUUUCGAAGGUGAUCGUACGAAGUAUGUUUGAUUAAAACUAACUUCGUACAAGGGCUCUUGUCCUCUUUAACCCUGCCAACGCGGCUCCAGCGGUUGGCGGUGGUAUGCCAUUGCUUCAAUGCAGUGGUCAGGAGUUGGCAAACUUCUGUGUGAAUAACACACAGUUGAAUGCCCUUGCGCUGCCUGGUCAGAACGUUUACUAUGUAAACGGUUCUGUCACAGUUGCUCGGGUUGUCUCUCGCAGGCAAUCGUACAUCAACGCGUUGA